AUGUCCUCAUCGUCGUCGAAGCCAUGGGCUAUAAUCGUCGGAGCGGGGCCAUCGGGCCUUCUUCUUGGCCUGAUGCUCGCAAAGAAAGGCAUACCUGUCCACCUGAUCGACAUGUCCGUCAAGCUCGACGAACAGCCACGAGCAACACACUACGGGUCCCCUGCCAUGUACGAGCUGAGACGGGCUGGGAUCGUCGAGGAUAUGCGUGCCCAAGGAUUCCACCCGGACACCGUUUGCUGGAGAAAGUUGGACGGCACAUAUCUCGCCGGCGUGAAAAUGGGUGUAGAGCACGACCCGGAUCGAAUGGUCUGUUUGCCGCUGAAUAGGCUGGGGAAGAUCCUCGUGGACCACAUUGGUCGGCAGCCCUCAGCGACCGUGUCUUGGGGACACAAGGUUGUUUCGAUCGGGCAGGACGACCACAAGGCCUGGGUCAUUUGCGAGACCCCAGAGGGCGAGAAACGACUUGAAGCUGAAUAUAUCAUUGGAUGUGACGGUGCGAAUAGUCAGGUAAGACGCUCUUUAUUUGGGGAUAAAGAGUUCCCAGGGAAGACAUGGGACGAGCAGAUUGUUGCUACCAAUACAUACUACGAUUUCUCGAAGUUCAACUGGCUUGACUCUAAUUUCAUUAUUCAUCCCGAGCACUGGUACAUGGCUGCCAAAAUCGGCAAUGAUGGUCUUUACCGAAUCACGUAUGGUGAGAUGCCAGGCCUCACCAACGAGCAGCUACGAGACAGGCAGCCUUGGAAGUUCAAAGCCAUGCUGCCAGGGAAUCCUGAGCCAGAUCAGUACCGAAUAGUGAACUUUAGUCCAUAUCGAAUUCACCAGAGACUGGCGCCGAGUAUGCGCGUCGGACGGGUUUGUCUGGCAGCGGAUGCGGCUCAUUUGUGUAACCCCUUCGGCGGUAUGGGACUGACAGGCGGAAUCGUCGACAUUGGUGGCCUGUACGACUGUCUCGUUGGCAUCCACGAUGGGCUGGCAGACGACUCGAUCCUGGACAAGUACUCCGAGAUAAGGCGGCAGAAAUACAACGAGGUUGUGAACCCAAUAUCUAGUGCCAAUAUUGUGCGCUUGUUUGGGCAGGAUCCCGACAAAGCUCUGGAAAACGAUGAAUUUCUGCAAAUGUGUAAGCGGACGGAGACGGAUGAAGAGUUUGCGAAGGACUUCCGAUACAGUGCGAACGUUUUGAAGCAUGAUUUCACUCAGUACUAUCGCAAGAAUCCAACAAAUGGUGACGCUAAGGGCGCUAAUGGAUAUGUGGAGCUUGGUAAGGACUCGACAAGUGCAGCGCAAGUGACGGCUGCGGGAGUAACAGACUGA